AGGGUAGAACAAAAAUAUUCCCUCAGUUGCCGGCACGUUUUGACCUCUUAAUUUUAUCUCGAUGUAUAAAAUUAGAGACUGGUUUUAGUGUAUUCUUAAAAAUAAUUUAAUACAUGUUCGAUAUUACUUAAAAUGCGAAUAACUUCACGUGUUCUGUCGUCGGCCGCCGCGAUAGCAAUAACAUGUGUUGUAUCAGCUGCUGCAUAUUUUUACAAAAGCCGUAAAUCAGAGGUUAAUGAAGUAAUGGUAUUUUGUAAACUACAGUUUAAUGCAUACAAUUACUUUGAUAAACUGAUAAGCUUCAUUGAAUCUGCAAAGAAAAGUGUAAACGUCUGCAUGCCUGGUAUCCACAACCCAGUAAUUCAGGGGCGCCUGGUUGCACUGCUAAAGGAGAAAAAUAUCAAUGUUCGAAUGAUUAUCGACCGCACAGGAUAUAACGAGUCAACAGAUUUCUUUAUCCGAGAGCUUAUCGAAUGUGGUGCUGAAGUAAGAUGUAAUGCAACUGACCCAGCAUAUACAAUGCAACACAAAUUUUGCUUGGUCGAUGAUAGAAUUCUUAUGACGGGAACUCUGAAUUGGGGUAAUGACCGUUCCUUUGACAAUUGGAACUAUGUGUACAUAACAACUAAAUCACAACUUGUAGUACCAGUCAAAAAAGAGUUUUAUCAAAUGUGGGAAAAAACUAGUGAUAUUGAAAAUUUUUAUCAAACAACAACUACAACAGGCCAUAAUGAAAUUGUAAUGCCAGAAUCUAGUGAUUCUGAAAUUCUUAUGCCAGAAUCUGGUGAUUCUGAAAUUGUAAUGCUAAAAUCUGACAAUCGUGAUAUAGAAAUGCCAGAAUCCGGACACAGUGUUAUUGGAAUACCAAAUGAUACCAAGGCUAAUAAUAAUAUAGAAAGCCAAAGUAUACCUCACAUUGUUCUGGAUACAAAGGCAUUAGAAAAGCCAUCAACACAAGAAUUUGUCGCAUUUGAGAAUAUGGUCCAUUAAAGUUUAAAUGUUAGAGACCAAUCUAAAUAAAAUUUUGUAAAGGAUAGAUAGAAGGAUAGAAUACGAAUAGAAUAUUAAAACAUUUUCUAUUAUUUAUGAAAUGAAGACCUCAUUCAAUAUAUAUAUAUUUUUUAAAUAAUAAACAUGCCCUAAGUGAUGCUAUGUUAAUGGUUGUAUUUUACCUAAUAUGAAGUAAUAAUGAUUUAUAUCAAAAAUUUAUUAUUUAAAAAAGGCGUUUGCGUUUACCAAUUAUUAUGUAACUUUUCUAUAUUACAAUUUUACAAUUUUUUUUAAGUAAAACUGCUUUUUUCUGUAAAAGUGUUUUCAAUCUAUUUUAACCUAAGUUAUAUUUCAUUUUCAUGAUAAUCUUUCUUUACUAUUUAUAUAAACUGUUGUUUUUUUUAUUUUAAAAUGCAUUGUAAUAAUAAACC